AUGCAUCUUUCCUCCAUCUUUCUCCGCGAGCCUUCAAAGGCUCUGUACAACCAACUCGUCUUCCUCCGCCGAAUGGGCGGCGGUCCUCGAACUUUUCCGGGCGGGCUCAACAAGUGGCAAUGGAAACGCAUGCACGAGAAAAAGGCACGUGAGAAAGAGAAACGCCUUCUCGACCAGGAAAAACAAGUCUACCAGGCCCGAAUUCGGUCGGAAAUUCGGGCGAAGCUCGCGUCGACUGAUAACCUCGUUCCAAGAUCGGUAAAUACUGACCGUAACCAGCCCAAUUACGGCCCCGUAACGCCCCAAGACCAUGUCAAGGCUCUUGCUGAUCGAUUCAUGAAGGAAGGAGCUGAGGAUUUGUGGAAUGAAAACGAUGGUCCUUCAGGUUUUCCCGAAAAUAAGCCCGGGAAAAGCCAAAUUAUAGGUGAGCCUAUUGAUUUACAGACGUUAGUUAUGGAAAAAUCGGCUUUUGAUCAUAGUCAGACAAAUGACGAUAGCCAGUUUCACAGAAAUGUAAGUACUAAUGUAGCUAAACGAAGGCAUUUUUCUACAUAUUGUGGGAAAGGUAGUAACUUGAUGGGCGGCUUACAAAAUGAGUAUCUUAGGUCAAUUAGGCAUGGCUUUGAUUUAGCGGGUUGUCAGAGGCGUGGGAUAUUAAUGGGUGUAAGUAAUAUGUUUAAUUUAGACUGCUACUAUUCGACGAGUAUAAUGGGUAAACAAAGACCGAAUGUUGCAAGAAAUGGCCAAAGUUCGGUAAUUAAUUCUGGUCGGGAAGCCAAAGUGAUGUCUGAUAAUGGGAAAAGGGCUAAAUGGCCAAGAUUCCGUGGAGGUAACUUGGAUUCGUCGGAUGAUGAUUUCAGUGAUGAUGAUGAUGAUGACGGUGACAAGUCAAAUAGUAGCAGGAAGAUUUUUAGUAGUAGUGCAGCAUUAGGGAAACAUGAUGUCAAAAUCAAGAAACGAGUGCCUUUGAAUUUUUUGGAAGAUGAGGAUGAUCUAUCUCAGCAGGUUGAGGCAAUUCGGAAGGAAAUUAGUCAGAGAAAGAGCGUGCAUGAAGACGGAAUGGAGAGGGACGAAGCUGUGUCGGUUCUUAGUACAAAAAGGUUUGAUGAGUGUGGUGUAUCUUCACUGACAGUCCAAGCACUUUCAGAGGCUGGUUAUGUGCAAAUGACCAAAGUCCAAGAGGCGACUCUUUCUGCCUACCUUGAGGGGCAGGAUGCUUUAGUCAAAGCUAGGGCUGGCACAGGCAAGAGUAUUGCUUUUUUGAUUCCCGCUAUUGAAACAGUUCUGAAGGCAUCAUCAAGUCAAUGCAAACCUCAGCGAGUCCCACCAAUAUACGUUCUCAUUUUAUGCCCCACUCGAGAACUUGCGAGUCAAAUAUGUGCAGAGGCAAAUGUUCUCCUCAAGCACCAUGAUGGCAUAGGCGUGCAGACAUUAACUGGAGGGACACGCUUUAAGGUUGAUCAAAGGCGCCUAGAGUCAGAGCCGUCCCAGGGUCCUGUUGUGAAGUGUGAUGACAUUGACAAGUUGAAGUGGCGAAAUAUACUUGUGGCGACUCCCGGUAGAUUGUUGGAUCACGUUGAAAGCAAGUCUGGCAUCUCAGUGCGUUUGAUGGGACUCCAGAUGCUCAUACUCGAUGAAGCAGACCGCUUGCUGGACCUAGGGUUUCGCAAGGACAUGGAGAAAAUAGUUGAUUGUUUGCCUCGCAAGAGACAUUCUUUGCUGUGUUCAGCUACAAUACCAAAGGAGGUACGCCGAAUAUCUCAGCUAGUGCUCAAAAGAGAGCAUGCUUAUAUAGACACUGUAGGUCUAGGGUCUUUGGAAACUAAUGAGAAGGUGGGCAUCCCAAUGGAUCGUGGGCAGUAUAUCCAUCGGCUUGGAAGAACUGGCAGACAAGGCAAAGAAGGUGAAGGUCUUCUAUUGCUUGCACCAUGGGAACAAUAUUUCCUGGACGACAUAAAGGACCUUCCCCUUGAAAAAUUCACAUCCCCAGAAAUAGAUCCUAAUGCAAAAGCAAAGAUUGAAGAGUCACUGGAGAAAAUCGACACAAGCGUCAAGGAAGCAGCUUAUCAUGCUUGGCUCGGUUACUAUAACUCAAUAAGUGCCAUUGGCAGGGACAAGACAACACUUGCUGAACUUGCCAAACAAUUCUCAGCUUCAAUCGGUUUACAAAAGCAACCUGCUCUGUACCGGAAAACUGCACUAAAGAUGGGAUUGAAAGGUCUAAUGAAAUUCCAUGUAUUUACUUCUAUCAGUAAUGCUAAGGAGCCAACUGUUGGCUCCGCUUCAAUGUGGGACAGUCCCAUAUGGAGCUGUCCCAUUGGUUGUUGGCUCCUUAGUAUUUCUCUUACUUUUAUAGCAUAUUAA